CACCCAGUCAUGUCUUUAGUAACGCUUUGGUAACAAUGCCAACCAAGGGAUUGUACAACCAAAAAUCAGGGCCUAAUAUGGGAAAGGCUAGAAAGGGUUUGUGCGAAAGUGUUGAGUGACAAAGCAUAAGUUGGUUUCGCCGACUUUGAUUACGAUUAAACGUUCUAGAAGCUGAUAAUGACAGUCACGAUAACGGCUGAUAAACAAAAGGCUUAAAAGCUUUAAUUUAAAGUUAUUGUUAGAUGUAAGAACUUGGUCGAACAGAAGACAUGUGUUAAUCCGGUAUAACUUAUUUCCUUAUGAUGUAAAUUACUCUAAAGUAAGCCGACUCGACAUUUGCUGAUUGUGGUCAAAUCAGCCCAACAGCUUUCAGACAGACAGAAAGCGGUUUCAGUUUCCGCACACUGUUGUGACCACAGGUUGUUUAUAACAUCUCGAGUUUCCCAGGAGCAUUGCCAACAUUAUCCUCAAGAAUUUGAGUCAGGGGAAGUGUAUGCCUUUUCGAAAAACGCCGCUGUACUUGCUUCAUUGUGAGCUACUCCGAAGCUUUUCCCUACAGCUAUGUCGAAACUGACUGGCACUGUUUUAUUUCUAAUUGAGGUUUUCAUUCUUUAUGGAAAUGGGAAGAACACAGUAGACAGCUUCACGUGCUCAAUCACAGGCUAUUUCCCCGAUCCAAAUGACUGUGCAAAGUUUUAUAGCUGUCAGUUAACUGGCAGUGAGGCGUAUUUAAUGCCAUGCCCAUCGCGUAGCCCUAUUUACAAUCCAGUGGAUAAAAGAUGCAUGAAUAUUACAAAUAGAGCUCAAAUCGCUUCACUUUGUCGCAGUUCAAUCACUCCUACUCCUAGGAUAUCCACGAGCGUCAGGAGCCCGAAGCCUAGUGGAAUUUUACCUUCCUCGUCAAUCAGUGUUACCCACAGCCGAUAUACAACGACACCACGACAAUUAGUGACUACAUCUUCAUUUUCAGAUCCAAAAAAUUCUCACCCAACCGUUGAACCAAUAAAAACGAAACAUUGUAUAUCGGUGGCCUUGGAGGAAAAGUUUAAGUGUUUCGAGAACGAAGCUGGACAGCUCAAGGAAAGCAUGGCGAGAAAUAAAACUGCUUCGAUACUAGAUAUUUUACAGACAACGGCUGAGGAUGCCGACGACGUGCUUGAGAGCUUGACUUUUCCAAGGAACGGUUCUUCUUAUCUUAACGCUUUUAAGAUCGUAUCAAUUUUAGAAGACCUGUGGAAGGAGGCCCAAAAACGUCUGGCGAAUAGCAGCGAAAUCAUACGAAUAUUUACCAAGAGUUUUUUGUUUGAAAGUGCGAACAUAAACGGGGAAUACAGAUUUCCACAAGAAUCUCUUCUGUAUCUUCAAAAGCAGAUGCAUUGGGAUGAACUCACUGACCAGAUACAAUUACCCAGGAAACUGCUUUCUGAAGGCAAAUAUCCGUGUCGUUCUGUUGGUGCUCUGUAUUCAAGACUACAUGCCAUUGUGCCAGUACGAUUGAGCGACACCAAUGAAACUCUAAGGCUGAAUAGCCACGUGAUAUCCAUGUCGCUAUGUGUGCCGGUAAAGCACAAGUACCAAAGGAAUAUUCUCAUCACACUGAAACAUCUUAAGGCUCUUGACGAAAAUGAGUAUACAUAUUGCGCUUUCUGGAAUUUUUCAAAACACACAAUUCAAGGGAGAGGAGCUUGGUCACGUGACGGUUGUCACGUGAUUACAGAGAGGUCCAACAGGACACACACUGUGUGCGCCUGUGGUCAUCUCACCAACUUUGCUGUUCUUAUGGGAUCUGGAGAGUAUUCGGUGCCAAAAGCUGACAAAUUUGCUUUGGGUAUCAUUACAUACGUUGGUUGCAUUUUAUCCUUAUUUGGAGCUGUUGGUGCUAUUACGUCGUUUGCUGUUUUCACUCAGCUGAACACAGACCGUCACAUCAUUCAUGGGAACUUGCUGGUGUCCAUUGCCAUUUCCCAAACCAUAUUUUUGUUUGGAAUAGAGCAGACAGAAAACGAGUUACAGUGUAAAUUCACGGCGAUCAUGCUUCAUUAUUUCUACUUGGUAUCAUUCGGUUGGAUGCUUUGCGAGGGACUUCAUCUUUACACCAUGGUGGUGAAGGUCUUCAACUUGUCUUCUAAAAUUUAUCACUACAUUGUGUUAGCUUGGGGGAUUCCAGCUUUGCUUGUUCUCGUAACAGCUGCUUGUAUGUACUCCGACUAUGGCACAAAAACAAGUUGCUGGAUUUCGCCCGAAAGAAACACUUUGUUGGCGUUUAUCAUUCCUGUAGCUGUUACCACUUUGGCGAACAUUGUGAUCCUGGGUUUGGUUUUGCAUGAGAUUUGUCGCCUUCACACGACGGGACGAACUUGCAUGAGCGAUGUCGUUCGAUCUACUCUCAAGUCAUUAGUGGUACUUUUUCCUCUUCUUGGAGUUACUUGGUUAUUUGGACUGCUGGUGUUUGCUACUCAUAGUGUUGCAUUCCAGUAUCUAUUCGCUCUGUCUAAUACCAUGCAGGGCUUUUUCAUUUUUCUCCUUCACUCUUUGUUUAAUUCGGAGAUUCGGAAGAACUUCAAACGUAAGAAAGAGACGUGGAAGGCAAUAAAAGCCAUCCGCUUUAUCCGUAAACGACUAUCGGGUUCCUCAGUUGUAACACCUUUAGGACGUCAGAGCUCCCUCUCAGAGAAAGCUUCUACAUUCAAGCCUUCUUCAGCUGAGUGAUAACAUGCCAUAAUGACACCCAUAUUCACAACUGAUGUACACGCCCAUUGUGACAUCAAGGUGUGCUCACUGAUGCUUACAUUGGCCAUGAGGUGAUAAAGAGUACCAAGAAAGGAAUGCCAUAGAUGUGUUCUUUGGAGGGAGUGCAACUGCAUCGAAAAUAUGUCCACUUCGAAUACUUACAGAAAGUUUCAAAACCGGUUUUCUGAAAGUCACAAUUGACGGGAGGUACAUUUUAGACAAUCAGUGAUUCGUAGUAAAGGGAGACCCUCGUAGGACUUCCGGAAUCAAAUAAGCAGUAUUUAGUCUAAAGGUUACUGACAAGGUUCAUGAUAUAGCUUGGUAGUGUGUGUAAAGAAAUGGAGAAAAGAGUUGUCAUAAUGAAUACUUUUAAGAUACUUUUUAACCCUAAGCAUCAUGGAUGCUUCUUGUACUCAGUUUUCUUGUGACGCAUAGUUAAAACAUCAGUUUAUAGUGU